AUGGCCGUCUCCUUCGUCCUCUCUGGCAUAUUUCUUCCAAACGAUUUUAACCUCUUAAAUGCCUCCCCUUUUAAUUACGCUUGGUGUGCUAUCAGUGGCUUCUUAAUAUCUUUAUCUUCCAUAUCAAAUUAUGGCGUAGCUUUGGCUUUAUCAACAGAACUAUAUAUUUCUUUAGGCCUUUCUUCCUCUGUCACAAAAAGGAAUGAUGUCAAAAUACGGAGGCUUAACAUUUUUUUGACUGUUGUAAUGCCAAUUUUAUGCAUAUCGUCUAGUUUAAUAACAUUGGCACUGCAUCACAAUCCUUUGUUUGAGGUGAUCGAUACCAGUGGCAUUUGUGCUGUCUCUCGACAUAGCGAUUAUAGAUUUCUUUUAUUUAUGUUGAGAACUGUUCCCGAGUUCUUACCGAUUUAUCCUUCAUGCGUUUUAUCCGUCCCUGUCGUUAGAAAGGUUUUCCGUACCUAUCGUCUUCAUGAAUCAUUCGCACUUCCUUGGCAAUCCAAAAUUUCCUCUUCUCCUAGUCCUAUGCGCAGCACGCGUGCGGGUCCACCACCAAAAACUGCGUCUUCCAUAAAACCCACUAUCCCACGUAAUGUCCUUCUCCGGAUGGCUUCAUGGUGUUGUCUGUUAAUUAUCUCUGGAAUACCUAUGGCAACAAUAAUAGUUAUACAAAAUAUUCAUUACGUAAUAUAUGAUAAUGAUAUCAAUAUACUUAAUUAUGAUUUUUGGAAUAGAAAUGGAAUUACUUUACACAUGUGUUUAAGUAUGGUUUUAUUCCUGCUAUGUUUCGGAACCGGUGAAUUCGCUACCGAACAAUAUGGAAUACUCUGGACCAAAAUGCUUAGUUUUAUUUGUUGCAGUCCCAGAAGGCAAAUGACACAUCAGAUAGAACUUGAAUUUAUUGAUCAUUAUUCAAAUGGUUCUACUCAACAUUCUUCCUCUUCAUUACCACCUUCUUUUAUCGCAUCUCCUCCAAUUAUAUAUGCUCGUUCUAUACCGAUAGAGUAUACCUAUGUAACUCCGCCAGUUGAUAAAAAGUAUCUAACUGGUGCGAGAGCUGGAUGGGUAACCUCCAAAGCUGCUUUAUGUCAACAAUGUCAAACUACUCUUAAAUCCGAUUCGGGAAGUAAAGGUACUUCAACAAUUGAUCAACCUGAAAUUAUUAGACAAACUGUUUCUUUAUGUGAAGAUAACGGGAUAUCUAGUGCAGGGUCAACAAAUGGUCAUGUUUAUAUAACUAUUCCGGAGAGGGCAAAACUUGGCUCGUAA